AUGUCCUCGUUCAACCCAGUUAGAUUUUUGAAUCUACCGGUUAGUAUUAGAAAGGAGGUCUACUUUCAUUUGGACGGAAAUUUUUGCGGAGCACAUCCAUGUCCCAUAGAUAUAUUAUACACAUCUAAUAAUGUAGAACUACCGGUAAAACCAAGGUGCAAGAGAUCUAAGAGAUCUAAGAAAUUGCUGAAAUACAUGUAUCCUGUUUUUGCCUCUUAUUUGAAUAUUUUCGAAUACUCACCACAACUAAUUGAAAAAUGGCUUGAAUAUGCGUUUUGGUUACGUUAUGAUUGCUUAGUACUGGACUGUUUGAAAGUAAACCAUCUUUAUGGAGGAUCACUUAUUGGUCCGUUGGAGUGGACGUACCUUGACAAUGAGCUUCGAUUGGCUUAUUUUAAUAAGGCUAGUAUGCUAGAAGUUUGGUAUACUUUUAAAGAAUAUAAGAAAUGGGUAAUAGAAGUUGCUGCUUAUGACGACCUUGGCGUAACUCACAUAGAUUACAUUCAAUUCAAUAUUGAAAAUUUGACCUCACAGAAGGUAGAUAAAUGUCUAUUUUUGUUGGAACAAAAAGAUUUGUUGACAACAGUCAGUGAAUUACAAUUURGACAAGAUGAAGAAGUAGGAGGAGAAGAAGAAGAGCAAGGAGAAGAAGACGAUGAAGACGAUGAAGCUGAUUCUGAUGAAACUKUGAAAUCUAAAGUGACAAGUAAGAAAAGAGCGGCUUCAAAAAGCUUGGGUAAUGACAGUGUGAGAAAAAAUCGAAAGCAUUUAACGGAUACGUCCGUUAUCAGGACAAUUAAAAGCACAGAACUCAUGAAAAAUUUGCGAAAGAUUUCUGUACGAGGGGAACAAUUAUAUGAGUUGCUAAUAAAUUUCCACGGGUUCAGAGAUAAUCCAGGGAAAACGAUUAGUUACAUAGUGAAACGCAGAAUAAAUGAGAUACAGUUAUCACGAACGGAUCGGAUUUCCAGGACAGGAUUGGCAGAUUUUACAAGAUGGGAUAAUUUGCAAAUCCUUGCAUUAGAUAGAAUGGUUUACGUAGAUUUAAACAAGAUCGUCUUUCCCAAGAAUCUUAAGUCCUUGACGAUGAAGCAUAUAAGUCAGAUUAAGUGGUGGGACAUCGAGGAGAACAUAAUAAAUGAGUUGAAAAUGGAUAAAAAAACGUUUAAAUCAUCUUAUAUAAGGGAAAAGAAUAACAGCUUUACAAGAUUUUUGAGUCGUAACCAGAUAAAUAUAAUGGAACUUGACAAAAGCGAAAUUGACCAAAUGACUUUUUUCCGUUGUCAAGCAUUAGUUUGGCAGUCCGUUGGGGCUUUAAACCACAUUAGACUAGAAAGUGUAUCAAAAGUUUGUAACGAUAGCGUUAUUGUACCAAGAGCAUUAUUCUAUAGUAAACGAAUAGAGAUUUUUCAAUGUAAAGAAAUCUCUGAAGUUAUGGUAAUAUAG